AUGCCCACAUUAUUAUUUUUUUCAGUGGUGGCAAAAUGCAAAGAGCACAUAUGCAAACACGGCUACAAGUACGAGACGUUCUAUAAAAUCGACGCCGAGGACCGCGAACACGUGAUAUCUGACGCCAGCGUAGCGCUGGAGAUGCACAUAGCCAUCCUGGCGGCUAAUAACGGACAUAUUCUACUUUCUACUAAAGCUAAUCCUACUGUGACGGAUCCGGUAUAUGAAAUAGUUGUUGGAGGAGGAGGCAAUAAGUUCACAGAGCUGCGAAGGAACUUGAGGCGCAACGGAAAGAUCUCGAAGCCGACCGUCGGUAUACUCUCUGCUAUAGAAUUCAGGCCAUUCUUCAUCAGAAUUACUACAGAUGGCGCUGUACAAUUUGGCAAAGAAGGGGAGGAGCCCCUCUUGGAUUAUCGUGACAAUAACCCUCUUGCCAUUCGGUACUUCAGCUUCGCUGCUUGGAACGGAGUUGAAGCUAAAUUCUGCUACGAUUGUCCACCUAAAGGAACUAAUAGUUCCACAACAAAUUCAGAAGCCGUGGACCCCCUAAUGUCAAACGCAGACAAACUCAAGGCUGCACUUCUUCAAGACCGCGCACCGCACCUCCCACCCGCAUCCCCCGUCACAAUAAGGCUCGGCUUUAAGAUUACUAGCCUUAAGUACAGCCCGUUCACUUCUAAGAUGGUUACCGGAGUCGCUAUAGUGGCGAGUUGGGUGGACGACAGCAUGGCUUGGAAUCCAGAUAAGUUCAACAAUAUCACCAAGUUGACCUUCAGCGACGGACAAAUUUGGCGCCCCACGUUUUUCCUUUUCAAUUCUGAAGACCAAGGAUCCGUGGACAUUGACAACCCAGGUCCCAUCACGAUGGUGAACAGCGGUGAAGCGACUUACUACUUCCAAACUCAUCUCACCAGCUGGUGCUUUAAUUACGCCAAAACUACAAAUAACUGGCCUCAUGACGACUAUCAUUGCUCCAUAGUCAUCGCCCCAUGGGAGCCGCACGAGAAGAUCAUCCUGGAGCAAAUCAGUCAUGCGGAUGAGAAGAUGGCUAUUUUUGCAGAAAGCAGCAAAGUCAUCCCCAACGAAUGGAGCAUCGAAUGGAAGCAAGGUGUGGUGGAACCAUCCGCAUGGCACACCAUCUUCACGGCCAACGACAACGACACCAACCAGAGCGACCGGUUCCUGGUCAACAUUGCGCUGAGGAGGAAGGCUACGGCGUUCAAUGUUGUGUUUUAUACGCCCUUACUAGUCCUGGUGUUGUUCGUGCUCAUGUCGUUCUGGAGUGAGCCCCUGCAGAUGUCCCGCGUGUGGUUCUACGCUGGUUCUACCGUCGUCAUAUGUGUGGGGCUGUGCUACGUCGACUAUCUCGUGCCUAUACACACAGUGCCUACUAUACUGGUCCUCUACGUUACGGUGAUGGGAGGUGUUCUACUAGCGCUAUUGCUGCAGGUUCUACUGAUGACUCCAACGGCGGAACGUAUCUGCCAGACCCACUCAGUGCAAUCGCUUCUCCGUUCCAGGAUGUUUAGGAUUUUGUUCUUCUUGCCUCCUGUUAAGAGCGCUGAAAACUAUGACAGAAUAAACGAAGCAUACUCCGGUGAGGAAGACGAGGUUACGCCUCCCAGAAACGGAAACAUUCCAGAGAUGGAGACGGAGACGCCAACGCCGAGCGAGAGAGACGAAGUCGCGGCGGCUUUAGACUGGUUCCUGUUUCUAGUGUACUCUCUAGUCAUAUCUGUUAUGCUGGCUAUGCAUUUUUGAAAUAUGAACGCUAAUAAUCUUCAA